AUGGAGCUAAUUACUCAAAAGGCUUUACUUUUUAGGGAAUACAAAUUAAACAUGGGGCCCAUCUUUCCACCUUCUAUUGGUACACCCAAGUCGCGGUGUGCCAAGAGCCCCUAUUCCUCACGUGGACCCCGAAGAAGUCGCUGCGGGUCACCGGCCCCGCAGCAGUGGGAGGGGCGCCAGGUGGUGUACGAGCAGCGGAGCGGGCGCAACAGCCGCGCCCUGCUGGCCUACGACGGGCCGGGGCGGCGCGUGCGGGUGCUGGACGAGCGGAAGGCGCUGAUCCCCUGCAAGAGAUUAUUUGAAUAUAUUCUGCUCUAUGAGGAAGGAGUGAUGUUCCAGAUUGAACAGGUCACCAAGCAGUGCUCAAAGAUCCCCCUGACAGAGCCCUGGGAUCCUCUGGACAUUCCUCAGAACUCUACCUUUGAAGACGAGUACUCCAUCGGGGGCCCUCAGGAGCAGAUCACAGUCCAGGAGUGGUCUGACAGGAAGUCGGCCAGAUCCUAUGAAACUUGGAUUGGCGUUUACACAGCUAAGGAUUGCUAUCCCGUCCAGGAAAUGUUCAUCAGGAAUUACAGUGUGGUGCUGUCCACACGGUUUUUCGAUGUGCAGCUGGGCAUUAAGGACCCCUCUGUGUUUGACCCUCCGAGCACAUGCCAGAUGGCCCGGCUGGAGAAGAUGAGUGAGGACUGUUUGUGGUAAGCCAGCCCAGGCAUAAGUGACAGCCUGGACCAUCAGCCCCUAGUGACCCCAGCUGGACACAGACUUGGAUGGAUCCGAAUCUACACUGGAAAUAAAUAACAAGACUUUUCAGAUCAGCACUAAUGUGGGUUUUCUCCUGGAUUGGAUGCUGGCUACUCAGCUUCAUUUACAGAAGGAGGCUAAAUGGACUAAAGGCCUUCUAAAAUACACGUGGGUCUGUGUCUUCUAUGCAUAGAUGUAUGCUCAGGGGAGUACAGAGCACAUUAAGAAUGGAUGGUAAUAAGGAAACAGAAUGAUUUUGAUACGUUUUAUUAUUCGUUCUCUACAAAGAAAGCUGUCUGCAUUAUGGCCCACUGUUUCCAAAGUGACACCUUUAAAUGCUUUACUGAUUUCAGAGUAAUAUGGCCUGAUCCCAUGGACAUAAAUAUUUCAGAAGGAAAUAAAAAGUUCUCAUGUGAAGCAAUAUUUCUCUAAAAAGGAGGGAGAAGUCUUAGGCAGGAGUGUAUGGAUAAUCUUAAGAUCUGUAUAGUGAAGCAUGAGCCAUGUGUACUUCCUAUUCUCCAUGCAAGAGAACUGACUGAUGGGCUGGAUUUUCCCAUACUUGUCAGUGGACAGAUAAUGUCAUAUAAUAUAGCACUGAACUUGGAGUUGGGAGAGUAUCAAUUCCAACUCAAAGACUAGAACUCCUUUGAGUAUUAGAUGCUCUAGGCUUGCUCUUGCUUUGGCUUCCCUGGGUGUCUCACCUCAUAGAGACACAACCUCUGACUAUCUGACUUCGCUUGCUCUUCCCAGCUCAGCUCGCUCAUGCCCCUCUCUGAGCCUGAAUGAAUCAUGCUUAGCAGCACAAGCAUGCUUGUCUCACAACACAUAGUAUGCAAUGUGACAACUUUUGCUUCCUAAAUGCUACCCUCCGCCAUCCUGGCUCAAAUCCCCUUGAGUACAGGUACAGUGUUCUGUUUACCUUUUAUAUCCCCAGCACCAAGGAAGUGCCUGGCACACGGUCAGUGCCCUCAACAUUUAUAGAGGGGAGAACACUGGCCUCUGUGGUUCUCAGUUUCCUCAUCUGUUAAGUGGGUUUGAGUUCAUUGAGGGGGGACUUCCAUUAAUACAAUAAUAAUACAAUACAAAUAUACAAUAUUAUAACACAUUCAACAACUUUCAGUUCUUCUGUUAUUGUAUUUCACCUUGCCAUCUAUAGCUUUUAGUCCAAGAGAAAUAUGUGACACCUGUAUUAUGCUAAAAAACAAUCUGUAUCACUAUAGUUAAUCUAUAUUAAUAAACAAAGUGUUAUCCCAAA